UACACUGCUGAUCCUGAUCUAAACCAAGAUCCGGCUUCACUCCGCUGCUGUUUGUACAAGUGGUCCUUGCAUUACAGUUUAUCCAAUAUUCUAAGGGAUAUGUAAUAAGCACAGUAAACAUUGUAAAGGCUUUCGUGCGGUACCUUAAAGCAGUACAGGUCAUAUAAGAAAAACGGAAGGACCUGAGAAAUGUAGUGAUGAUAAAAGUAAGCCAGACAGACGGGAAAAAUUUAUGCUGAAUUAUGCACUCACGUGCGUUCUACAUUUAAUUAUGCAACGUGCACCUCUCGUUAUUAUAGCGGCACUUCCGGCCCAUUACAGGCCUCAAAUUAAGACUCCAGUGGAUAUUUUCUGAAAUUUUUGUCGCAAAUGGGCAGUAAUUUCAUUGUUUCCUGCUAGCUAGUCCCAAAAGGGCUUUAUCUCAUUGAUAUUUAUUUAUUUAUUUUUAUACAGCUAUACGACAUUAUUUAACUCAAGUUUUAUUGAUAUGAUAAUUAUGGUCCCACUAUGUAAAAAUUCCUUGUUAUACUGGUCAGCUACCUAUUAGUCUUGUAUGCAUACUUAACGUGAAAUCAUCACGCAAUCUUUGAUGGAAGUUGGAGGGGAACAGUAACGUGACAGACAUCAAAUAGCUGGAGCUUAGUUGAAUCUAACGCGCGCUCUUAUUAGUUGAUUUAUGGUCACGUGGCAAUGGCUUAAAAUCUAGAUGCCUCCCGGCGGGCAACAAUUAAGAAUUUUUGCCCGUUCAUUCACUAACCAGAUCAGAGGUUAUUUUGAUUUCUUCUUGCCUUAUUACUUUACACUAAACGUCAGCUAUAUAACAGAACACUUAAUUACUGGUUCCUUGGGAAACAGUUUUCUCCCCUCGAAUCUCGAAGCUUUCCACGACUUCGUGUCAGGAAACAUCGAGAUUCUCAAGGGACCAAUGAAGCGUAUUAUGUCUGUCACAUUGGUGUUUCCAAACAACAGCAUAAACAAAUAAGGCCUCUGUGACGCCAUAAGUCUUUCGCCUCUGUUUCAUAAUGAGGCUAAGUGCUUUGCGAAAUAAAAAACCCUUUUCAGCAGCCUUCAUAUUGAGGCAUAAAGUCAUUUCGAAUUUCAAAGUGACCUAUUUUAUGGUGGUUCAUAGCUUUUAAAAUUCUAUUAUUAUGGAUCUGAUUUUCUUAUUAUGCAAGUGGGACCAAGCCAUGGUGGCCAAAACGUAGUGCAAUAGUCGAUUACUAGGUAAACAUACUUUUUAAAACGUUGUUUCAAUCUGUACAUAGUUUACAAGAAGACCCGACUAGAGAAUUUUAUUAACAUUGACAGGCUUUGCGCUGUCGUCAAUAGGAUGUCACAUUAGUUUCUGCGGCAUUGUGGCGUCAGAGAGCUGGGACAUCGGAGUGGGGAAAUCGUUGGCUUUGUUGUUUGAUAUCUAGUUUAUUAACCUCGUCAUAACUGUAAGAUAACAGCAGCUUCAAUAAAUAAAUUUCCCGCUGUGCAAGCUAGUUUGAUGUAAUACUUCUGCCAGUGCAUGAAGAGAAAGCUUCUUACAAGCUUAUGAUAUGAAAUGAUAUGCUGGAUCCGUUUCCAAGUCACUACAAGUUGUGGCAACGAGGAGCGUUACCCUUUUAGCCAUUUUUUCCCCACUGCACAUGUAUGCUUUUAAGCAUACGUACAUGCCUCGUGGCCAAGUCAGGGAGAUCAACCAACCUAAAAAUAGAUUUGGUCUGACUAUUUCCUCCUCUCCUUGAUUGCGUGCGUAAAAAAAUUGGUAACAGAUGCUUCGAGGAUUUAACACAUUCUCAUUUUUGUCCCAGUUAUCACAUAUUCUCUCUCGUUUUCUACCUCCCUUGUUAUGAUGUUUGAACAUUCAGUUACUAAAAUUAUGGCGGCGAACUGAAACGGCAGAAACUUAUUAGUAUGUUUAUAGCCACCGCAAAGAGUGUGGCUGUGCGCUUGAAGGAAAAAAAAAUCAAUGUUUAUCUAACACAUUUUUCCUGUUGAUUUAAGGACGCCUCUUUGGGUCAACAAGUGUCGGAUGAAAGCCAGUAUAAUAAAGCAAAAGUAUUUCAUAAGACGUCAAAUGUUAUCAAUUUUAAUACAUCCAAAAUAAAAGCGAUAAUUAGACAACAGGGCUUUGUUGGAGGGUGAUAAAACAGCAAUGAUCUGAUUUUUGUCAGUUGUCAUUUUUGUCAGCUGUCAGUAACUGAACCACAUGUGGCCCACAAGAGCAGUCGGAUAAUAUAAGCCCUAAGACGGGGGGCAAGGAAACAGCACUUGAAAGCUCUUUCCUUCUCAAUUAGACACUGUUUCACCCCGUUGCCAUCCAGAGUAUUGUGUUACGUCGCGUUGGUGGACUAAAUCAAGACCUAUCAAAAUCUUGAAACUUCUAUUUGAACAGCGAGCGGAAACGUUUCGUUAAGGAACUUGCUAAAGCAGUGUCCUUAUUCAAGAUUAAUAGUUGGCGUUUUCACAUGUAACGGUUUGUUAAACUUGGUGGUUUUGAAGGAACGUUAGCGGAUUGUAUAUUGCAGUUUUUCGCAGUCGACAAAUCGAAGAGGACCAGGAAUCGAAAUCACAACCUUGUGCCUAACAAGUGCCACCAUGGCAAUCAAAGCCAAGGAAGUUAUGCUACUGGUGUGGAAGUCUCAGUCACAUUUUGGCCAACUUCAACUCUGUGUUUGGUUGAUGUCUUUUUUGGCCACCUUGAUCGGAAUAGAGAUACUUCAUUCCAGAAAAGAUAAUUUCGUUUGCAACGGCACCGUGGAGCAGAAGAGCAUGCAGUGUCCUGACAACCCCUCACUGGGUGUUCAGUUAGUUUUGACGAGAAUUUAUGGCGGCGGUUUGUUUGCGAUUUGGUUUCUGUACACAGUUUACAUCGUUCCUAGACUCUGGCGGUUCCGUAGGAGAGAAAACAGAACUCCACUAUGCAGUCUAUAUCUAGCAUAUUGUUUACAUCUGUUUGCAAAACUUCUCUUCAACGGUGCGAUACUUUUCAUUUACAUUUUCUAUGCUCAUCGUUCAUUCCCGGCCCGUCUGCAAUGUGUUCUUCAGAAUGGGACACAAAAUGCUAUUUGUACUGACAAAUUCCGUGUGGAGAAAUCUGUCAUCCAGACUACGCUGCUGUUAGCACUUGCGGUUCUUACAUUGUUUUGCCUUGUGGAAUUCGCUUACAUGUUGCAUCUUAUAAGGUCGAGAAGCAGAACAGUCUUCAUCGGAGACGAAGCUCAACGAACUGAACAGCUCGACAAUGGAUGCUGGUGCGAGUGUGUAAUGCCAACGGAUCGACAGUUCAGCCUGUUUCGCCUUCACUUGAGGGAGAUAUGUCAGGAUCCUGUCAAUGCAUUAAGAAUGUACUUUGAUGACAUGAAGAAGUUCUACUUGGAGAAAACCGAAUAUAUCGAUCACUUCUACUUGGAAAACACCAAGGCCUUGAAACUAGACGACAUCUUCAUAAGACCAGUUUUAUCAGAAGCUAGAAGCUCAAACUCUAUUAUGAGAAAUGCAUCUGUCCAAAAGGAACUGGAAAACUGCGACGAAAUUUCUAGCAUUUUGAUAACUGGAAAGGCAGGAACUGGGAAAACUACUUUUGCACAGAAAAUCGUGAGAAGGUGGGCGAAAGGAGAAUGCGCAAUUUUGACCCUGACCAAGAUUGUCCUUUGGCUGGACUUCACGACUCUGGAAGACACAACUUGUACUGUUUCCCUCGAGGAGUUAAUCAGCAGUCAACUUUCUUUGAAUCUUCCUAAAGAAGAACUCCUCGAUUUUGUGAAAGACAAUCCCAAAACGAUUCUAAUCGUUAUUGACAACGUCAGCGAAUCACAUUUUGAUUGUCAAGAGACCGACUUUGCCGACAGUUUUGAAGAAAGAAUGCCUUUGUCGGUUAUGCUGAAGAAACUUGUUACAGGAAAGAUAUUGAAGGGUGCUACACUUCUAACGUGUUCCAGACAAACACACAGCAACUCUCCAGAUUUUUCCGGCUUUAGAAGUCGAACAAACAUCAUGGGAUUUUCUCCACGGGAAAUUAAGGAGUAUGUUAAGGUAUAUUUUGCAAAUGACGGUUGUGACAAAGACGAGUUGGCCACAUUCGUGUUGGUGGAGAGUUUAACAGACAAUACGCUUUCCGUAUGUUGUGUCCCAUUGCAUUGUUUCUACAUGUGCUCCUUUAUGCAGUGGAUCCGUAACUCUCACAGAGCAUCUUCAUUGGAGGUAGGAGGGGACAUUCCAGAGACUGUCACUGAACUUUACAAAGGGAUUGUACAAAUGAGUAUCCAGUUGCAGCGGUCAGCAUCUGCACCGCUCAAUUUUGAUGAAACUGCAGACUUGUUACCUUUACCCGGUGCUCAGGAGAACUCAACAAGGACUUCAAGCUCAUCAAAGGGAGCUGCCAUGACAGACACUCAAGUUUCAAUCCACACUGAAUUAGAGUCAAGAACACAGUGUGUUCCUCUUCACUCAUUACUCGGGAUUCCCACAAAAGUCUGCUUUCUCGCAAUGAAAAGUGUCGAUGAAGAGAAUUUCACCUUUGGUGGUGAAAACCUUCGCUCAAUUUUAACGCAGGAAAUGAUUUCCAUCUACUUCAAGCCGAUUGCGAUGCCGAAGGAUUGCGCGGAAACGCAUUUCGCCUUUCGAAGUGAUUACCUUCAGGCGUUUCUAGCAGCCUGCUUCGUUGUCUCAGACCCUUCACUAAAGAGGUUUGGAAGCUUGGUCGAGCAAGUUAAAGAAGGCGAUUCAAGUAGGCGAGACGACAUGCUUCAGUUUGCCUGCGGUCUUUUAUUUGGCGAAUCACAGGCUUCCGACAAGAAGAAGAGAGAAGCUAUUCAUCUUGUCACGGAACUAGCCAGCGUAUUUCAACCUGGCAAAAGGAGACAAAAGGAACUGCAAAUUGUUAUGAUCAAGUGUGUUGCCGAGGUUAAAAAUGAGAAACUGUCACGUAAAGUAGCAAGUAAGAUAAUCCCUUCUGUGGGGUUUCCUUGCUGCGAUGUUGGAGUUGAGGAAUGCUCUGCUCUUGCGCGUGUGCUUGGCGUCUCUCCAUUUGCGUCCAUCAGGCUUGUCGAUUUAUCGGAUAACAAGAUCAGUGUCAUGGGCACUCGACAGCUGACUCAGAAGUUGCUGCUUCCUGGUAAAGGCCCAACCGAGGAGUUAAAUCUGAAGGGAAACAUGUUGGAAGAUGAGGGACUCGAGGAAUUGACCGAAGCUCUCAAGAAGAAGGAAUGUCGACUGAAGAUCCUAAACGUAGCUGCAAAUGACAUUACAAGCUCAGGUGUGUCGAAGCUAUCUUCAGCACUUGAAUCAAACACAUGUUUGGAGGAACUGAACCUUAGCUCCAAUGAGAUCUGCAGUCAAGGAGUUGCGCAACUUUCCACGGUUCUCCGGAAAGAGAAGAGUAAAAUCACAAGGUUAAAUCUCUCCUGCAACAAGCUUGGAGAUGACGGGGUUCCUUUUUUGGUGUCAGUUCGACAAACCUCGCUCAAUCUGGCGUGGAACAACAUUGGCAUCGAAGGCCUUCGUUCACUGAUCUCCAUAUUUCAUACCUUGCAGAACCUGGAGCAACUUGAUUUAAGUGGAAAUAUCAUUGAGGCAGUUGGGGUGGAGGCUCUGUUACCCUGCUUAAUGGUUCCAAGUUGCAAACUAAAGUGCCUUGAACUAAACCACUGCAAAUUAGAAGAUGAGGGAGUCAUCCAUUGUGUAAAAGUGUUAACUUUUCCGCAAAAUCAAAUGACAUGUUUAGGCCUCGCUGGUAACAGCAUCACAAACGAAGGAGUUCGGAAGAUAGCAAAAGCCCUUAGUUCUCCAGAAUGUAAGGUGAAAAGUCUAAACCUAAGCUGCAACGUCAUUGGGGACGAGGGAGUAGAAAACCUUUCACUAAGUUUGGGUAGCCCAAACUGCAACCUUCAAGAACUUGAUUUGAGUCAUAAUCAAAUUGAAAGCAAAGGCUGCAAGAGUUUGGCUGCAGCAAUCAGAAAGCGCAACUGUUUGGAGCGAUUAGAUCUCGAUGGCAACCAUGUCGGUGACGAAGGAGCGACGCAAUUACUGUCAGCACUCAGGAUCCAUAACUGUAAGCUUCACAGUUUGAUGUUGGAUGGAAACGAAAUUGGUGACGGAGGGAUCGCUGUCCUGCCGCAUGCAUUCAGAAGCCCCCACUGCAAGCUGGGCCGUCUUCACUUAGGAAGAAACUUGAUCAGUCCUUACAGCCUUGAAACUUUUAACGAGGCAUUGAAGAGUCCCUUCUGUCACUUGGAACAACUGAUUUUGAGAGACCCUGCUUUAAGUGAAUCAUUUGAGGCAAAGAAAAGCACCACAGGCACUAAGCUGACUUAAAACUUUCCUGUACCAAAAACGUUUGUAUUAUCCCUCUUGACAGAUGGUCUGGAUAGGGGUUAUCAUUUAACCUUUGUCUCGACCAUCAAUAGAAGUCUCAGUCCACUUGUCAGCUACGCGUAAAUUUUGCAGAUCCCAGAUCUCCCAUUUCUAAGCUGGCACUUAAAAUUUUGCCCAUUUCUCAGUUAACAGUUUCAAAACCGAAUCCAGACCAUCUUCACAAGAGACCAAAUUUGGAAGUUUUGUUAAGUAAAUCUUUAAUUUGAAAUACAUAUAGUGAAAGAAAAACGACAAGAUCAGGUAUUUGAUCAAUAAUUGUUUCAUAUUUUUUUGGCUACGAUAUUGAACAGUGACUAUAAAAAUAAGUUUAGGUUGUGUGCUCGGUUGGUUCUUACUUUUCCCGGCUUGUUAGAACUUUUAACAUUUUUAAUAAUUAGCGAAUGUAAGGUUUUUUGAGAUCAGUCAAGGCUGAUAAGAUUUGUAGAGACCUUGAUGAUUCCAUUAUUCUAUUUUUCUUAUAGAGCGUUUUCAUGUGACGUCACAGCAGCCAUAUUGGUGUUCCAAAACAAUGAAACGGCGGCAAUGUUGGUGUACCAAACCAGACCUGUGGGAGUUAAAUUCUUUUCUCAUGUAAACACUUUCUUUUGUUCCAAUAAAUUUGCAUGGCUGCUGGCCACGUUAGUGAAAACGCUUCAUGAUAAAACUGCCUUAAAUAACAGCUAACGUUCUGUACAUAUGUUGUGCCGAACACAAUCGAAAAACAUUUUCAGUUCGUUGUGUGAAUGUGUAGAAGAUGUCCAGACAUCAAGCAAGAUCCUUGUAAUGCAGAUAACAUUAAUGAUCAUCAGCAUUA